AUGAAUCUUCUCGCGCCAGCUGGUGAACAUCAAGCCGCUCCACGACCCGAUGGAAAUCAAGCGCCUCUCCUUAAGGCUUGCAAGUAUUGACCUAUCUAAUAUCAUCUAUUCUUCUAAUAUCAUCUGUCUUUUUUCUAGUUAGGUCGGCUCCACCACAAUCUAUUAUAGACUGUAGAACAUCCCCUCACCUCGUGCAAAUGCAUUAAGAUAAAGUCACCCAGCACACUGGCGUCCCCUCGCUCUAGAAAACACCUCGCGAACAGGUAAAUUAUGAGUGAAUGUUGAGUGAGUGAAUGAUGCACUAGUCUAAGAUAGUGAUCUUUUCUUUUUCAAGGGGGAUAAAACUAGAAGGCAUUUAUAAUGCCAGAUGUGUUCGGAGAUUUGCACGCUAGAUUUCUAGAUCAUCAUCGGUCAAGAACUUGCAGGCGCUAAUCUCUCAGCCGGUGGCGAUCAACCACCAGCAACACAGGUGGAUGUUGGGGUGAGCCAGAAUGAACCUGAGGAUGCCGAUAAUGCGGAUCCUCCACAAGAAGAAGUGCGAGUCUCAAUGAAAGUUAUGGCUACAAAGAUGAAUCAUGGAUAUCGAUGUAAUUCAUUCAUCCUCUGUAACUCUAGUGGUAGUGCUCUGCAACUCACUGUAGUAGUGCUAGUGGGUUAAAUUUGUAUCAACCUUACUAAUACUAGAGUGGUCUAUAAUGGUGUGGGUUGUAUCAUUCAAUUCCGCUUCAUAUCAACGUAGCUUACUGCUCGGCUACAUACCGAAUAAUUAUCAAAAAUACCCCUCCUGCACAUUAAAUAUAUUUGCAGAAAGAGAAACCAUGCCCAUCCCGAUGCAACAUGGACGAAAAAACCACAAGGUUUAGGCUCUCGUCUCAUCUUCAGUUAGCUAAAGCCUCAUCAUCUAACACCCUAUCGAAUUCGUCGGAGCUAGAACCCAUACGGAGUGCCAAGUUAAGCGAGGAGGUGAGGAAAUGCCGCAGGAUAGCUCCAGAGCGCUACCAGAGCGUCUUCAGACAGGCUCAGGCAUACUUCUCAGUCGAAGACUUCGAGUUCUGGCUUGAAGAUGCACAAAACCAACUGAGGCUUAGGGAGUACUCGUUGUUAUUUUGAAUUUGGUGGAGCAGUUUUUUUUCGUUUCGUUUUCACUAUAGAUACUUUCUGUGGUGCUUGAAGUCAUGAUAUUAUCUUGCUUGUUUUCAGUUUAAUGAUCAUGAAGAUUAUCUUCAAGCCUGCAAAUCGUGCUCCGAAGCGACCUGCCUGCCAACAACGACCCCCGUAUCAUUUUCACCACCAGGGUAAUGUUAUUCUGGGGAGCCCUUCUAUCUUCACUAUCUUCACCAGGUGGCUCCUGCAAUUCAACAGUAGUGACGCGCAUAUUUCCUCUAAGGGAACCAAAGCUCUGCAUGACUUCGUGAAGGUGCGGGUGAUGGCUAGGCGUCGCCAAUUGGACGCUCAGGGCAUGUCCAGCUCCAAAGUGGUGGAAUACUUAAGGCGUGGUGAUGGUCCCUUUUUAAAGUCCUCCCCCUUUAAUUCAAAGGUGGCGUGGCCCCAUUUUAUUCGAAAAUUGAUAACAUAAGCGAAUACAUAGCUGCUAACUGAAAUAUUUAUAACGAAAUCCAUCUUGGUUGGUGAGGAGCAUCUUGGGCGAGCCUUUGCGCGCCCCCUCUAAGGAAGCAUCUUGAGAACAAGCAUCUUACUUCUUCUUUGACCCCUUUUCUCUAGUAAGGAAAGAUGAAAGCUUCUCCGUGGAGCCUUGCUGUAAGGGGAAAGCACAUUCAUCAUCACGAGGACAGAUGCCCUCGCAUCUUCAUCUUUGACCAUGGCCUCCCCUUUAUUUCUCUAUAAGGUAGGAUAGGAAAGCAGUCCAUCCAAGAUGCUACCCAUCCAAAUCCAUAUCCAAGAUGAGUCAAUAUAUCUGGUUUGUGGUUGAAAUUAACACUGUUCGUUGCCUCACGUAGUACAUGCGAUACUGUAGCUAUAACGCAACUACAAGUCUGUGUCAUGAUGGAGAGUUUACCUGGUGUAGUGGAAGUAAAUAAACUUGUAGACGAGUUAGAUUGACAUCGUUAUAAGGCAUCAACUAGCUCUAGCUCUAAAGCACGUCUUUCACCGAACAAAGAAGGCAUACGGAUCACAGUCUAUGGGGUUAUGGGCAGCCUACUUGGAGUCAAAAUCACAAAAAGUCGCUGUGUACGUGGACAGCCAUAUUCAGUAAUAUUUAGAUUUAGGUUUACUAUUUACAGUAAUUGUGCCGCUGUGCCUGGUUUUUGUUUCAUCUUCCCGUAGUUACUAACUUAUUGAUAGAGUACUAGUCUCAUCAUCUAUACCUAUUUCUAGUGCUUUUUUUUACGCUAAUAAACAUAGCAACUUUUGAAUUUGAGUAAUAUUUGGAUGAUAUUCAAGAAUUUUUGACUUUAUUCCUCCAUUUAGAUUUAAUUCGAAUUCAUUUCCUGACGGAGAGAUUGCAUCAGCGUCAGAGGCUGCCAUACUUUGUCCUGAAAAACGAACUAAUAGUGUUCGUGUCAUCUAAAAACUUGAACAGUUCUCGAAUUUCUCUAGAAACACUUAAAAAAGUUAGAAUAUACUCAAUAUUUACUAGCAUGAUGUGAAUAAACAGGUUCAAAUCCAAAAAAGAGAAUCUAAAAAAUAAUCUAUACUAGAACAGUUUAUAGGGCGGGCGUCAGAUUCAGGAUGACAUGGAACGGAUGGACUUUCCAGGCCCGCUAAGAAUUUCAAGUAGGACCCGAAGGCAUAGGUGGGUCUAUCCCAUCCAUCCCCGUCCGUCUUACCUCCGUUUUAUAAAUUAUUCCAAUGAAUGGUCUUUUGCUUUCUGGCUCUUUCUCGUGUUUGUUUAUGUUACAACUUUGACCACCGGUAUUACGUAACCACCUAUCGAGAACACCUAUCCACUAAAAAACUACAGGGAAGCAGAGCGCCUGCAUAAGUCAAAAUCGUUUACAAGUAGUGGAGCCGCUUCUGCUAGCAAUGGCGCAAUAGGCAGUUCGGGAUCUAGUACAGCUGCUCUGCAUCUGCAUGAGAGGAUCCGAGCGAUUAAGGCGAGAGCUAACGCUACGGAUAACGCACCAAGAACACUGGUGAAUGGAGGUAUGAUUAUCUACCUAUGUAUUAUUUUCAUACACUAAGCAGAGGCGCGGCCCACGCACCUAUCCUAUCCUAUGGGUUAGUUUUCUUGAUGAAAAAGUUUCAAUUACGAUAGUAUAAAAACAACUACAACACUAUUUUAAUUAUAUGGGUGGACGUGUAUAAUGUUGUUGUAGUUUUUUUGUUUUCUUGAAAUGAAUUAUAUCCUGUUGAUGUGGGAACUACAGAGAUGUCCAAACUAUUCUGCACAAGUCAGGUCCAGUUAGCACUUUGACGCUGACCCAAGACGCGUUAGAGAAGCUGGGUAAGAGACCCGCGCCUGCACCGCCUAAAGACGUGCAAAGGAAAAGAAGAAAAGAUUAAGGCCUCAGCACUUAAUACAUCUUUUAGCUCAUCUGGUGUAAGCUGUUUUCGAGUAGAAAAGGGAAGACAGAUGGGGCGAAUAAAGAUGGACUGUAGUGAGAUCUAAAAAGAAGAGGAAGAUAAAGACCGAAGGCGCAAGCCAGAUCAUGUUAUGGCGGAUAGAGGCAAUCCGAAGCGUACUAUUACCGGAGCUGGUGGAGUCAACACAACAUCUUCUUCAAAGGUAGUAGUCGAACCCAGAAACGGUGGUAGCCUUACCGCACAGGAACUGCUUGGAGGAGAUCCCUCGCCAAAUACUAGGAAAGCAACGACUACAGCUGGUGGGGCUUCAUCUAGUGCAGCUUUUGGUCAUCAUGCAGUUGCUCCAAGCACGACGACCACUACGACCAAGAAGCCAUCAAUUUUCACUACCACGCCACACUUAAGGCUUACAGUCACACUAUAACUCAUCUUAUAAAUAUUGAGAAGCAUCUCUGACCCUUUUUCUAAGGGGAAAGCACGCUUACACUAUAACUCAUCCUAUACUUUUAAGAAGCGCCACGACUGUCUUUCUUUGGUCCCUUUUUCUUUAUAAGGGACGAAAGAAAGCACCACGGCAAAGAAGAUGCUUUUCGUCAAGAUCGAUGAAGAAUAUAAGUAACAAGGUCUAACACAUGGCCUACCAUUGCCACCGCCUGCCUCCUCAAGUAAUAUGCCAGCAGUUUCAAUCUCUUCUAGCCCAAAACCCACUACUUCUGCAACGACAACGAGCAUGCAACAUACUAGUACUACGGCAGCCGCUGCAUCAGCUGCUCCAGGACCACAUACUAUUAAGGCUCUUUCAGGGAAUCCAUCUCCAAAAGCAGCAUGAUCUUGGGACCUUGCUCUAAGGGAAAACGAAAAGCAAGCCCAGGGUGACUUUCAAGAUGGAUUCCGGGAUGAAGGUCUAACACAGCAAGUACCAAUACCAGUGCAGAAGGAGCUGCAGUUGUGCCUGGAGGAGCUAAUGCAGCUGUGCCAAAUAGUAGUUCCUCUUCAGCAGCAGCCUUAUUAGCAGACGAUGACGACGACCUCCUAGCGGCCGACAUGAUUACUACUAAAAAGAAGAAAACAACGACAGGCUAUGAAGAUGUGGACAUCGACUACGAUGAUUUGUGAACGGAGGAGAUGAAAGAUACGAACAUGAAGAGGACAGCUGUGUGCUUAGGUAGAUCAGUAGCUCUUGUGUCCUGAUGUAGGUAACGUGACAGUUUCAUCUGGAGGAAAUAAAGGAGGAAGAGGAACCUCUAUGAUGUUGACACGUACAACGAACACCUGAGAAUCGUGCUGAAUAUGCUUUUUACAACGCUUUAUGAUGAAGAAUUGGUCUCAACAUAUAUGAAUGAUUCAUCCACGCCUUCCUAUCAGUAUAGAUAUCACUGCCUUUCGAAUAGAAAGACCGCAUAGUUCUAGAGUGUCAAUUUGGCGGUGGCCUGUCGGAGUUAGGGGAGUUUAUGAAGAUAACCUCAAUCUCAACGCCACUUUUGUGGGAGCAACGAAAUACCACGAAGAGAUCGUAACAAGCAUGAGGCGGGUACAUUCAUUUACCCCUGGAGUGGGUCGUGCAUUUAUUCCUUCACUCAGGCGGAAAAACGAGCCAACUGAUGUACUUCCAAACAGUAGCUUAGAAGUGACUCAAUACUUGCGAAAACAUGGCUUCUGUUUAGAUCCAAACGAUUUUUCGCCGACUGGCCUCAGCUGUAUCAAUCUUGAGAUGAGUCUGGUCUUUCAGAGACGAUCAUGAAUCUUCACGAUCAUCUCCUAGGAGGUUAUCAAGCUUACCUGUAUCUCCACGAGUCCUAGAAGUCUGAAGUUCUGGUCACUAGAAAUCUGAACAGAUUGAGCUUGUGAAUAG